UAAAAUAUAUAUUUUUUGAUUCAAUUUGAAUUUUUUUCAUAUGAGUUUGUUUAUUUUCUUUUUUCUUCUCUAAUUGACCUAAAUUGUAUAUUUUUCCUACCUGGAUCUGCCAAGUACCUACUCCACCUGAUUUGUUUGCAUUCUCGUUGGAAUCUCAGAAAGACAGUGCUAUAAAAAAAACUCUUUUAUCACUUGUUCUUCACCCUCCUCUCUUUGCCUUUCUCCGCCACCCCCGUCUCACUCCUACCUCUACCUCUCUCUCUCUCUCUCUCUCUCUCCUUAGGAUUCAUGGCUUCCAUGGCUGCUGCCUCUACUUCCCUGCAGGCUCGUCCUCGCCAAAUGGUAACUGCGGUUAAAUGUUUUAGCCAGGGAAGCAGAAGCAAUCUUUCUUUUACGCUUCGCCCUCUUCCUACCCGCCUGAGCGUCUCUUGCGCGGCAAAACCUGAGACAGUGGACAAAGUGUGUGAAGUGGUCAAAAAGCAACUCUCACUUAAAGAGGGCGACCAAGUUACGGCUGCCACCAAAUUUGCUGAACUUGGUGCUGAUUCUCUUGAUACGGUGGAGAUUGUGAUGGGCCUGGAGGAAGCGUUCGAUAUAGAAAUGGAGGAGGACAAAGCACAGGCGAUUGAGACAGUCGAGGAAGCAGCUGAGCUCAUUGAGGAGAUUUUGAAAGCAAAGGCUUAAGUCCAAAUCAUUUAUUACAAAACCAAACGAUGGAAACCCCACUAAACCCAAACCCACUGUCCUGUUAUUGUUUGGUUAGCUAGAUACCACUUAAUGUUUGUUGAGAUUUAUGUUCGUUUGGGCAAAAAUAUUACAAGGCUUGUAUUUGACUUUUUCAUUUUAAAACUUUUUUAGCUCCA